CGGAUCAGCCCUCUAGCUGCGCCCGCCUGUCAGCCCCAAAGGACCCCAAGGCAAACCCAGGUUGGCCACCACACAUGUAAGGCAUCGUUUUGCCAUCUCAGUUCACUUCGAAAUGAUUUUACCCCUCUUCGCAUCUAUUCGGGAGAAUCAGCUUCCGGGUUGAAUUGCCUCAGCAAUGGACCCGGCGACAAUCGUCCAAAUCGUCGGAACAGUGGUGUCGCUGGGAGAUGUCGUGAUAAAGUGCAUCACACGGUUAAGCGCACUCAAGGCUCAGUUUCACGAUGCGCCAAUCAUUGUCACGUCUAUGAUCGGACAACUGCACAUGGUCAAGAUUGCGCAAGACCAGCUCUCUGCUCUAAAUUCGCCAGCAUUCACCCACGACCCAAGAUAUAACCAACUUGCUGCCCAUAUCGGCAAUGCGCUCGAUAGCUUCAGUCCGAUUCUAUUGGCCUUGGGCCAACAGCUAGACCGUUACGAGGGCACUGGGGCCGAUUGGAUGACAGCAAGAAACAGGAUGGGAUUCCUGAAUGGCGAAAGAGAAAUGACGAAUCUCUCAAUCUUACUCGACCGACAGGUAAAUGCCCUGAACCUGCUAUUGCAAGCUAUACAGUGCACAACUUGGACUCAGCAAUCCGAGAUAACGACGCGAGUGGAGAGUCAAUCGAUCCUGCGACUAGCGCAAGAUUGCUCCUCUUCCCUCCUAGGUCUUGAGGACGUCGCAAGUUUCAUCUCGGAAGGUACAGCGGCGAUAAGCACUUGUUUCGAAUUCGAUGAUGUGCUUCGAAGCACUGUAUUAUACCAAACAGCGGAGAGAUCACACCUCAGGCAGGCCAUCCGAGCAAAGAGGACGAAGAAUAAUGACACAGUAUCGACAGAUAACUUUAGCCAACGGUCAGCCACCUUUGGACUCAGACAGGUAUUUCGGACGAUGAAAUUAACCAAACCAAUUGAGGAAAGCGAUGCGCUAGAAAAACAGCAUAAAAUCAGAGUUGAUAUUCACCGCGAAAUAACUGUUCAGAGCGCCGAAGCCGACAGCACGGCACAAGAUGGCCCUUCCCGAGAAGGCUUAGUGAAUUGUAGCAGAGAACCAAUUCAGCCAUUACAUGAUAGAAGUGAUUCCGGUUCAACUCGACCGCAGCCUGGCCUAAGCAAUUGGCGGAGAGCGUUCCAGCGGCGAACACCCAGCGCAUAUGACACCAAACAGAAGGGACAAAACAUUCAGCCUAAUAAGUCGAAAGUUUUACUCUUAGGGGCUUCCGGCAGCGGCAAGACUACGCUGCUCAAUGCCUUACAACUCUUUAUCGACUCGGAGAAUGUCAAGUAUGAGGGCGGCGACCAUCGUACAUUGGUAUGGCACAACGCAUUAGAUUCUGUCAGGAUUAUAUUAAGGGAAAUGGAAGAAUUGGGGGUAUGGCCAACCCAGCAACGUCGUGACAGCGCCCGAGCGCUUUUACUGGACCCUUGCCCGUACUGCGAGCGGGACCCAGCCCUGAACCCAGAACAUGCCAAGGACGUUGCUCUUGCGAUCACAUCACUUCGUGAUAACGAAGCAUUCCAAACCACCAUGAAGUCGCGGACAGUCUAUCAAUUCCACGAUAACAGCGAGUAUUUCAUCAAAAAUAUUGACCGCCUCGUUGAGCAAGCGAAACAUUCCUCGGCGCCAACUCAUGAAGAUGUGCUUCGAACGCAAGUCACGACCACCGGGAUACACCAGACGGUUCUCACGUAUAAAGACACUCAAUACCUUCUGUACGAUUUUGGAGGCGAGAGGAGCGAGAGGAAGAAAUGGAUACACGCUUUCCAAGACGUAUCGACCAUCAUCUACCCAGUCGAAGUGACCGGUUUUCGAAGGAGCUUGCGCGAAGAUAGAAACGGCGACCGAAUGCACGAGUAAUUUAUGUUAUGGGAAUCCAUCGUGAACACUUACCAUUUUGAGAAAUCCAACUUCCUAAUUGUUUUCACUAAGACGGAUUUUCUCGACGGAUAUUUGAACGACAAAGGCAUUCGCAAUUUCUUGACCUCGAAAGGAGUCCAAACAACUCACGACGAAUACUUGGACCAUCUUGAAUCGAGGUUCCGGGAGUUGAUCCGAUGGUCUGAAGACCGAGACCAACGAGUCCGGUUCGUCCACGCUAACCUCGUAGAUGCUCUCGAAACGAAAUGGGCUGCGAUGGACAUCAUGGAGGUACUGGAGGACUUUGAGAGACCGCGGACGUCUCAGUUUGGGAC